UAAAAGAUUUUAGAAAGAGAAAAACGAGACCUUUGGUGGGUGGGUGAUAUGUCGGCCGGGGCGAAAUCGAGGGUAUGCUCUCUCUCUCUCUCUCUCUCUCUCUCUCUCUCUCUCUCCGUGCGCUCUCGGAAAUUCCUCGAAUUCCAUCGAAUCCCCCAAAACCAUAGAUCUCUCUCGCUUGGAUCUUCCAAUUCGAUGAUUCUGCAAUAAAACCGUAAUUUUGUAGUCAGAAUCUUAGAUCAGGUGGUUUUCUUCGAUUUCGGAUCCCCAUUAUUUAUCGGAAGAGGAUUUCUUUGACUUUUCGGGUUUUCGCGAGAUUCGGCGAUGAAUCAGAGGGCUAUGGUUGAGUUAUAGUUGAAUCGUGGUGCAUUUGUUCCGAUUGGGCUCUGAUCCGGUGUCAUAGGAAAGGGAGGGUUUUAGGGUCUACGGUUUUUGCCUGCAUUCGAUGGCAUCUCCUCCUCCAUCCCAGGUGGAGGAUCAGACAGACGAGGAUUUUUUCGACAAGCUUGUCGACGAGGACUUCGGAAUUACGGGAUCCAGCUUGGUGGAUGGCGGUGAGUCUGAUGAUGCCAAAACGUUUGCGAAUCUAAGCGUCAGCGACGUGGGCCCAGUUUUGGAAGAAUCUGGUGACAGCGGGUUAAAUUCCGAAGGGGUAGAUCGGUCAGAAAGUUUGAUCAUGCCAUCAUCUGAUGGUGCAUCAGAUAAGGACAUUUUGAUUGGGGAAGAGAGUAUCUCACUUGUAUCUACCAAUUCUUUUAGUACAGUAACCGAAUUGGGGAAUUCCGUUUCUACAACGACAAUAACAACAACCACAGAUGCAGUGCUGGAUUCAACAACAAGCAAGAGCAGCGGAUCUAGGGGAACAAGUGUUAAAGAGGUGGACUGGAGUGCAUUUAAUACUGAAUUGGGUCAGCACACAGCAGGGAGAGUUGGGUCAUAUUCAGACCUCUUCACUGGAUUGGCAGACAGUUCAGAAGAUCCAUUCGAAACAGCAGGGAAUAAUCUGACAGCUGAUUUUGAUCCCACUACUAGACUUGCAGGAAACUUGGUUGCUGAUUCGACAGCUUCUUUAGGUUCAUCAGAACACCAGACUGCAGAUGGGCAGGAUUUGCAUUCUAGUCAGUACUGGGAAAGUCUUUACCCAGGGUGGAGGUAUGACCCAGUAACAUGUCAAUGGCAUCAAUUGGAUGGUUAUGAUGCGAAGGCAAGCACCCAAGUGGUAUUUCAAGAUCAGGCUCAGUCAGCAGGCAAUGCUGUUGUUGCAGACCAAAGAUCAGAAGUUUCUUAUUUGCAACAAACUGCCCAGUCGGUAAUGGGAACUUUGGUAGAGAAUUGUACAACUGGUAGUGUGUCUAACUGGAAUCAGGUAGCUCAAGGUAGCUCCGAAUAUCCAGCAAAUAUGGUGUUUGAUCCUCAGUAUCCUGGUUGGUACUACGACAUGAUCAAACAAGAGUGGUGCUUGUUGGAAUCUUAUAUCCAGGCUCUUCAGACUACAAGCACAAUAGGUACCCAGCAAAUUCAAAAAGGGCAUGCUUCUUCAGGCAGUUUCUCUGAAAAAGUUCAUGGUUUGUAUAAUGAAUUUGGUCAAUUUGAACAACAUAAGUCACAGAACCAGGGUGGUCAAACGCAAGGUGGAGAUUGGGCUGGGACUGCAAGUAACUAUGGUGAAGCGAAUGCAUGGCAAUCUCAGCCUGUUUCUCAGAGUGGUGCUGUAAGAGGUUUUACUGGAAACCAGCAAAUGGGGAACCUUUAUGGUACAUCAGGACAUGUGAAUAGUUAUCCAGAACAACAAAUUGGUUUCAAUGCGAUGGAAAAUGUUUCUAUGCAUGGGCAGGCCAAUCAGGCUUAUGACAGCAAUAAUGGUGUGGUUGGGUUCCAAAGCUUUCCUUCUACGGAGAAUUUGUAUCACUUUAAUGAGCCAAAGUUGGAACAGAUCCAGCAGACUCAUUUCUCCCCUGAUUACUAUGGAAAUCAGAACACAGUAAAUUAUGCUCAGCAGCCGUUUCAUGCUGGAAAUGCUUCUCACACACAGUUCUCUUAUGCUCCUAAAGAAGGGUGGCCAUCGGCAGGGCGUCCCCCGCAUGCUUUGGUUACUUUUGGAUUUGGUGGUAAACUAGUUGUCAUGAAAGAUACCAGCACUUCUUAUGCAAGCCAGGGCACUGUUGGAAGCACAAUUUCAAUUCUCAACUUGACAGAAGUUAUUAUGGACAAGAUUAACGCUUCUGCAACUUCUGGAGCUGGGGCUUUUGAUUACUUCCGUGCUUUAUGCCAUCAAUCCUUUCCUGGUCCGCUUGUCGGUGGGAAUGCCGCGACUAAGGAAUUGUAUAAAUGGGUUGAUGAGAGGAUUGCAAACUGCCAAUCUCCCAACAUGGACAUCAGAAAUGGAGAGCUUUUGAGGUUGCUUUUUUGUUUGCUAAAAAUAUCUUGUCAGCAUUAUGGAAAACUUCGAUCUCCUUUUGGUGUUGACCUGGCGUUGCAGGAAAAUGAUGGUCCAGAAUCAGCUGUAACCCAGCUUUUUGCCUCUGCUAGAAGGACUGGUGCUCGAGUGAGCAAGUAUGGUGCCAUCACUCCUUGUCUGCAAAACAUGCCUUCUGAAGGACAGAUAAAGGCAGCCGCCGUUGAGGUACAGAACCUUCUUGUUUCUGGUAGAAGGAAAGAGGCUCUACAGUGUGCACAAGAAGGUCAGUUGUGGGGCCCUGCUCUAGUUCUUGCAGCACAACUUGGUGAGAAGUUCUAUGUCGAGACUGUGAAGCAGAUGGCACGUCAUCAGUUCGUAUCAGGAUCACCUUUGCGGACAUUAUGCCUGCUUAUUGCAGGUCAACCCGCAGAUGUGUUCUCUGCCGACAGCUCAACCAGCGCCAAUCCAUCUAACCCUCUACAUAUAUCUCAACAGCCUACACAGUUUCAUGGAAAUAGCAUGCUAGACGAUUGGGAAGAGAAUUUGGCCAUCAUAACUGCAAACAGAACCAAAGAUGAUGAGCUUGUAAUUAUUCAUCUUGGAGAUUGCCUAUGGAAGGAGAGAGGAGAGAUUGCUGCUGCGCACACCUGCUACUUGGUUGCAGAAGCAAACUUUGAGUCAUAUUCUGACAGUGCAAGACUGUGUCUUAUUGGUGCAGACCACUGGAAAUUUCCUCGAACAUAUGCUAGUCCUGAGGCUAUUCAGAGGACAGAAUUAUAUGAAUACUCAAAGGUGCUCGGAAAUUCUCAGUUUAUCUUACUACCAUUUCAACCAUAUAAGCUUAUUUAUGCUUACAUGCUAGCUGAAAUUGGGAGAGUAUCUGAUUCUUUGAAGUAUUGCCAAGCAAUGUUAAAGACACUUAAAAAUUCCAGCCGUGGACCUGAAGCGGAAACAUGGAAAUCGUUAUUAUUGUCUCUUGAGGAACGCAUCCGGACCCACCAACAGGGUGGAUAUAGCACAAACUCAGCCCCUGCAAAACUGGUGGGUAAAUUGUUCACCUCUAUUGAUAGAUCCAUUCACCGGAUGAUUGGUGCACCACCGCCACCCAUGUCACCAGCAUCUCAGGGCGGUGUCCAAAGUAAUCAGCAGGAUAACCACCAAGUGGCCCCAAAGAUUGGAAAUAGUCAAUCAACGAUGGUCAUGUCAUCAUUGAUGCCAUCAGCAUCAAUGGAGCCCAUAAGUGAAUGGGCGGGUGAUGGCAAUAGAAUGUCAGUGACCAAUAGAAGCAUCUCAGAGCCAGAUUUUGGUAGAAGCCCAAAACAGGUUGAUGCAUCCAAGGAAGUGGCCUCAACUGGUGGUAAAGCAUCAGUAGCAGGUGGACCAUCUCGUUUUGGUCGCUUUGGGUCACAGCUCCUGCAGAAGACCAUGGGAUGGGUAUCAAAAUCCCGCUCAGAUCGCCAGGCAAAAUUAGGUGAGCCGAACAAAUUCUAUUACGAUGAGAAUCGGAGGAGAUGGGUAGAGGAAGGUGUGGAACCCCCAGCUGAAGAAGCAGCCUUACCACCCCCACCAACAACUGCAUCUUUCCAGAAUGGUACACCUGAUUACACCAUAGACAGUGGAUCCAAAGCGCAAGGUUUACCUCCCAACGGAGGACCAGAAACCAAGAGUCCAAAUCCCCUGGAACAUAGUUCCGGGCUUCCACCAAUCCCACCCAGCUCAAACCAAUUUUCUGCCCGUGGCCGGAUGGGUGUUCGUUCGAGGUAUGUGGACACCUUUAACAAGGGUGGAGGGACUCCAACAAACUUAUUCCAGUCACCUUCUGUUCCAGUUGCCAAAUCCGUGGGUAGUGCCAAGUUUUUCGUUCCCACCCCUGCAGCCUCACUUAACCAGACGGUAGAUGCAACGGGAGAAAGCAUUCCAGAAGCUUCCUCUAGUGAAGAUCCAUCUACAUCAGUCACAAAGGAGUCCUCAUUUUCAUCACAGUCAUCGUCGCCGUCACCCAUGCAACGAUUUCCGAGUAUGGAUAAUCUUACCCCGUUAAACAGGGGAGUGGCAGCAUCGAAAAAUGGGAAUGCCUCCAUUCCUUCCCACUCGCGGGCAGCGUCAUGGGGUGGAAGCAUCAGCGAUUCAUUCAAUACUAACACUAGUGAAAUAAAACCUCGAGGAGAGGCAUUGGGCAUGCCACCUUUGACCUUUAUGCCCGGUGACCCAUCAUCAGUGCGUCCAAACGAUGCAUCUCUGAUGAACAGUGGUGGCAAUUUUGGGGAUGACCUUCACGAGGUCGAGCUUUGAGCCAUCGCUGUGAAAAAUGUAAAUCCCAAUAGCUUUUUUUUUUUUUUUUUUUUAAUUUUAUUUUUGUGACAACUGAGAAUCAGGUCAGCAUUUCCGCGUGUUCUCACAGUAAUGUGUUGUGCAGCAGGCAACUGAGUCUGCUUUCGUACAGGGAACUCAGUGGGAAUCCUGCUGUUUGCAUGCAUUCUCAAAAUUCCUGUACUUCUACAUGUGCUCUGGUUGGAAUGCCUGGGAGCUGGUGUCCUCGUACAAGCCAAACAGGAUAUAUGUGGGCAACAUUGUACAGUUCAUUUGUUGAUUUAUUGAAGACAGGAAUUCCCAUAUAUUGUUUUUGGGUUGGCCUUGAAGAAAGCAAAAGAGGGACUGGUACCACUGCUUUUCCCCAACCUUCCAGGGAAGAGUUUUGCUAUUGAGGAAAAAAAUAAUGAGUUCUUUCAGUUUUUUUACAUUGGCAUUUGGCAUCAAGAGGACCGACUGGACACUGUAGAAUCAGGAGUUAAAUGGUUGAUCUUCCGCAAAGCUGAAUUGUAUGUUGUGAGGUUCCCGUGACAAUUGGAUGAUAUCAUACUUACGGCUGACUGAAUUUUUUUUCUUACUGGUCACAGCAAUGACAAUGUGCUGCUAUCAUGCUUUCUUGCCCUGAGUUGUUUUUCGUGCCAUUGCAAGAACUUCAUCGUCAAGCUGGGCUUUUUUGCCUUUAUAGUGUCGCCCUUGAAGAAAUAUAGAAAUGUUUAGGUUGAGGAUGCCACGGGGCAUGUGUUCUACUGAUACGGAUGGGGAACUUUUUAGGUCCAUGGAUGAAAUGUUUGUUCAAUCCCAUUCUCU